UCAUGAUCGCCAUUCCCGUCUUCUUCCUCGUCGAGUAUACGAUUGCGAGUCUGUGGACGACGUAUGUGGAUGCGUGGUGUGCGCGGCUGACCAAGUCGUUGGAGGAUGCCGUGUUUGACAAUGAGGAGGAGGGCGAAACCUCAUUUGUAUGGGGUUGCUACACUUCUUCGACACACUACCAUCGCCAUUUACAUCCGAAUGGCCACUUUUUUUCAUCGUGUAUAUAGAUUGCGACACGCAUCCGCUACGACUACUCUUCAUUCAUUGGAAACCGGACGCAUGGACGGACGGAUGGACGGCGCAUGCGGCGUAUAUUCUUUCUUCUUCAAGACGCAGACCUUCCUUUGCGGAGUCAUCAGUUUGUUCUAGUCUUUUUCUUUUUUUGGGAUUCCUGCAUGCAUUUUCUUGGGGUGGGUGUGGGCAAUUAAAUAAGAGGGAUAUAUGUAUAUAGUUCCACUUAGUACGUAGCCUACUAACAUUAGA